AUGGACAUUGACUCGCGCAUCAAAGCUUACCGUUUUGUCGGCUAUGCUGCCUUGACUUUCUCCACCAUUGCGGUGCUGUCAGUGUGCGUGACUCUUCCAAUCAUGUACAACUACAUCCACCACACUCGCAAGGUUAUGCACAACGACAUUGUUGAGUGCAAAUCCGAAGCUCAACGUCUCUACUCUCAAGUCAACCGUAUCCCAGACCUCAUGAUGGCUCACAACCGUACCGCCCGUCAAGCAGGAGAAGGAAACGGGCAAUGCGAGGGAUGCUGUCUUCCAGGAGCUCAAGGACCACCAGGAACUCCAGGAAGAGUCGGAAGACCAGGAAAGCCAGGAGCUCCAGGGCUCAACGGAAAUCCAGGAAGACCACCAAAGGAGCCAUGUGAGCCAAUCACUCCACCACCAUGCAAGCCAUGCCCAGAGGGACCACCAGGACCAGCCGGACCACCAGGACCAGAUGGAAACAAGGGACCACUCGGACCACCAGGACCACCAGGACCAGAAGGACCAAAUGGAGAACCAGGAAACAAGGGACCAGCCGGACCACCAGGACCAGGAGGAAAGCCAGGACCAGCUGGACCACCAGGAGAGAACGGAAGCAACGGAGAGCCACAACCAGGAGCACCAGGAGAGCCAGGACAACCAGGACAGCCAGGACCACGUGGACCAGCUGGAGAACCAGGAAAGGAUGGAACUCCAGGAGGUCAAGGAGAGAAGGGAGCCAGCGGAGAGCCAGGAGCACCAGGAAGAGAUGGACAACCAGGACAUCCAGGACAACCAGGAAAAGAUGGUCGUCAAGGAGAGAAGGGAGUCUGUCCAAAAUACUGUGCUCUCGAUGGAGGAGUCUUCUUCGAGGAUGGACACCGCCGUUAA